AUGUUCGAGAACCUCAAGGCCUUCAUCAGACACGGCAAACAGGCCAACGACUUGAAGAAGAAACAGGCAGCCGCUACAGCCGCCAGUUCCGCCUCCCAGGCUGCCAACAUCAACAAUACCAACUACUCCUUGAACGACUAUGCCUACGACAACUCCCGAGGAUACGCCGAUAUAGACGCUUACAGCAUCAGCAACGAGCCGUCGACGGCCACGCUUAAGGUAGCUACCCACAUUGUGGAGGAAGAAAGACUCCAGAGACAGAAACAGAAAACGGCCAAAUACCCCAAUUUGGACAACUAUGAGGUGUUGGAGAAUAUCGGCGAAGGAGCCUUUAGUGUAGUAUACAAGGCUAGACACAAAGUUACCAACAAGCUCGUAGCCAUCAAGAUUUUACGUAAGUUCCAGAUGGACCAGGCGCAGAAGCUGGCAGUCCUUAAAGAAGUGACCAUCAUGAGACAGUUGGACCAUCCGAACAUUGUGCGUUUCAUUGAAUUCAUUGACUCAGACUUGUACUACUAUAUCGUUCAGGAGUUGGCUCCGGGCGGUGAGAUCUUCACAGCCAUCGUAAAAUACACCUACUUCUCAGAGGACUUGGCCCGUCAUGUGAUCCGUCAAGUUGCCGAAGCCAUCCAAUAUUUGCACGAUGAAGUAGGCAUUGUUCAUCGUGACAUUAAACCUGAGAACCUUCUAUACGUACCCAUUGACACAAAGCCCUCAGUCAAUCCAGUUGCCAAAUUGCGUAAGUCUGACGACCCUAACGCCAAGUUGGACGAAGGAGAGUUUGUUCCUGGAGUUGGCGGAGGCGGCAUCGGAGUGGUGAAGUUGGCGGACUUCGGUUUAUCUAAGCAAAUUUGGGAGCACAACACCAAAACACCCUGUGGAACAGUAGGAUAUACUGCUCCAGAGAUCGUCAGAGACGAGAGGUACUCGCGUGAAGUCGACAUGUGGGCUAUUGGCUGUGUGUUGUACACGCUUUUGUGUGGAUUUCCGCCAUUCUAUGACGAGAGCAUCGAUACUUUGACUGAAAAGGUCGCUAAAGGGGAGUAUACUUUCUUGAGCCCAUGGUGGGACGAGAUUUCUGACGGUGCCAAGCACUGUGUUUCAAAACUUUUGACUGUUGAUCCUUCGAAAAGAUAUGCCAUUGCUGACUUUUUGAACGAUCCUUGGCUCACCAAGCCUUACAAUGUGCAAGUGGCUCAUGAUGCGCCUGCCAGUGCCAGAGCCGGCAGAGAUAAGCACCCUAUACAGACACACAACGGCAGCAACAGAUACUCGAAGAAAUACACCAACGGCACUCACAACGAUUUGUACUCACCAGCAGCCGUAGCCUUGAGAGAUGCGUUCGACAUAUCUACUGCUGUGCACAGAAUGGGCGAAGAAGCCGCGCUUUCUAAGAUCAACACCUUCGAUAAUGUCGUAGAAGGAAUCGAGGAAGAAGACGAAGACCAGAUCGAAGAAGACGUCAAUAUCCAAGGUCAGGUCUUGAAUAAACACAAGAUAACAACACCACGUAACGCUCGUCUUAAUAAGCAACACCAGCAGCCUAAUAUGUUUGACUUGAAUCUCGGGGGUGCUUCUAUAUUGGAAAGAAGAAAACACAAACAGGUUCCUGUAAAGAGCUGAACUCUACUUCCUUCAAAAACAUAUCAUCUUCUGUCCACCAUCUUGUUACCAUUACCUUACUGAAUCAUGCACUGCCAUUUCCACUCGAUUCUAUUCCUAACCUACAACAUGCCAAUACUACUAGUUUCUACUUUGUUUAUUGUGUCGUGUCUAUUUCCUUCAAUUCUUCGCUAUCGCGGUGGUGCAAGUUAAAAGUCGUUUUCGCAGCCAUUUAGUAUACGUACGACUACAAGCAAACUUUAGAAGUGAAUGUAGAAAGUAGUCGGUAGAAAUCAUACCAUAAGCACACCUCCAUCAGACUUAUAUAUCUACUCUGUGUAUCUUUCUGUGUAUCAUUUUAAUGUAUCUUUUCUAUAUGU